AUGCCAAUCUACGAGUUCCACCACAUCCUGCCACUCUCUCCAAUCCAGAAGUCGAGGCUGGCUCGUGUAGUGACAGAUUGGCAUAGUUUCACCUUUCGCGCCCCCCGAUUCAUCGUCAAUUGUCGCUUUGUGGACACACGGAGCGUACCAAGUGAGGACAACUAUGUUGGGGGCAAGCCAUUCAAAAGCAACAGGCUGUUUGUGUCCCUCAGAAGUGGCACCGGAAGGACUGAGGAACAAUACAUUGACAUGACGCGCAAGCUUCAAGCCAUGUGGAAUGAGACAGUCCAAGACGUCCCGGCCCCCAGCGUCGAGAAGGAGCUGAAAGACGUCUUCAUCAUGGGGACGCUGGACUCCGCUUUCGAACGUGGUUGGUUUCUACCUAUGCCCGGAAAAUUCGAAAAUUGGGUCAAAGAGCAUACUCCCGAUUUCCAAAAACUGGCCGAAAGUGGCGAUCCCGUUUUCAAGGACUUGCUCGAAGAGAUCAAGGAGAGACCCGAGUUUCAAUAA